AUGAUUCACUUAUCAAAGACCCUGGCUGUUGCCGCAGCAUGCUUGACUGGCCUCGUUGUUGCUCACCCUGGUGAGAAGGUUGAUUCGCAUAUCGUAAAGCGCGAGAUCGAUGCUCGCGAGGCCAUUGCUGCUGCCGCCAAACGCUCCUUGGGCGCUUGUGAAAGCUCCGUGCUCGCUCGAGAAUUGAAUACGCGGAGCGUUGCCCGCCGUUCUCGCACUGUGAACCAGCUUCGCGAUAAGCGUGGGAUCAAUACCAGUCCUCAAAAGUGGCGCCGUGACUUGGCUGCUCUUGAGGUGUGGGAGGCUAUUGACCACAACGAGACCGGCAUCCUCGACUACAGCUCGGCCACCCCUGAAUCAACCAUUUUUUCGGCCAACACCAGCUGCAUUCUGGCCCCAACAGUUACUGAUGGCCCCUAUUACGUUUGGGGAGAAGUGGUGCGCCAGAAUGUCAAGGAAGCAAGCUACUCCGACGGAGUCGACGUCUUUCUCGAGGUGCAGUACAUCGAUAUCAACACCUGCGGUCCCGUCCAGGGUGCCCUGGUGGACAUCUGGCAAGCCAACGCCACUGGUGUAUACAGUGGCAUUUCGGAGUCGGGGAACUAUGCUGCUGACGGAUGGGACUCGACAUACCUGCGGGGUAUCCAGCAGACCGACGAUGAUGGUGUCGUGGAAUUUGAAACCAUCUUCCCCGGCCAUUACGAUGGACGUGCCACGCACACCCACUUAUUGACGCAUCUGAAUGCCACAAUUCUUUCCAACCAGACUCUCGAAAUAGGCACCGGCAGUGUGACUCACAUUGGCCAGCUCUUCUGGAACGAGGUGCUGCGAUCGGCGGUAGAAGACACUUACCCCUAUAACACCAACACCCAGAGUAUCACGUCAAAUGCAGAUGAUAUGUGGAGCGUGGUUCAGGCUGACAGCGCCUACGACCCAUUUCCAGAGUACAUCUACCUCGGCGGGGACCUUGACGAUGGUCUGUUUGCCUGGAUUCAAAUCGGUAUCAAUGCUACUGCGGACUACACCGAUAACUCGUACUACAGUAUUGCCGCAUAUAUUGAGGCCGACGGUGGCCACGAGAACACCGACAGCUCUUCUGAAGGAGGCGGUUCUCCUGGUGGCGCACCAAACAAGUGA